AAAACACAGAUGUCCAAUGAGCCAGUCCACAGCGCCGCCAACUGCCAAGCCCGCAGCUGCUGCGUUGGAGACAAGUGGAUCCCUUGGCACGUGACUCAGACGGCUUCGCCUGCUUCCAGCUUUCUCAGCCCUCAUUUUCCCCAGAAGUAUUUAAACCACCCAAACUUUUGAACUUUUCAUCAAACAACCACGCCAUCAGACCCUGCGGUAUCAAGAAAAACGCACUAGACAUAAGAUACAGACACGAUGGCGGCGAACACCGGCUUUUACGAUUUGUAUCGUCAUGGAAGUCUCGGCUUGACGCUGACGGAUGCCCUCGACGAACUGAUUGGCGAUGAAAGUAUCGCUCCUCAGCUCGCCAUGAAGGUACUGACUCAGUUCGAUCGUGUUGUUGCCGAGACGCUGCAAGAAAAGGUCAAGCAGCGCUUGACUUUCAAGGGCUCCCUCGACACAUAUCGCUUCUGUGAUGAAGUCUGGACUUUCUUGAUCCGCAAUGUCACCUUCAAGAUGGACGGAAACCAAGGAUCGGUCGUCGCCGACAAGGUGAAGAUUGUGAGCUGCAGCGCGAAGCGCAACGACGACAAGUAAGCGCCGUUCGCCAAGCGACCUGAGCUUUUGUCACAUCAUGGACUUUCUUUUUUUGCAAUGGCAAGCUGGAGUUGGGCAUUUGUUUUCGAGGCAUAUGGGCAUAGUAUGGGCGGUUUAUAGGCGUUUAUGGUCAACCUAGAGGUUCUCAUAUGCGGUUUGCUUUGAGAUUACAUACCAGCAGAGAUCUUAUUUAUACAUCAGCUCACCAGUCGUCGGGACUUGAGCA